UGUGGAGGACAAAAGUUACGACCUGGACAAGUACACACAAAACACCAACAUAAUCGCGCUUACUCGGCAGGUCCAAAGUUUGGUCUCUGUUUAAGCCGGUUUUGGAUGGCAAAUUUUAGCUGCCACUGUUGGCCACACGAGUCUUGGUUGAGUUGUCGCGUAGGGAGGUUUUGGGUUUUUGUGAAGUUAAGGUUCGGAAAUCGUGGGUGUGAGAAGGGUUUUCUAAUCGGAAGUGGCUAAGGUUUCCAGCUAUGAAAUUCGAUUCCCGGACAUUGGGUCGGUGACAGUUUUCUAGUGCGAUGAAGAGAUCCAAAUUGAUACUGAUUGUGGUGCAAAGAGUGCUCAUCACAUUGACGAUGUUUUUGGCUGCAAUUGUGUUGAUUUACUAUACGGCUGUAACGCCACAGGAACUAUUUAGCCCAUGCAACAGGACGUGCAACAGAGCGGAUUGGCCACGAAUAUGCCGGUACCGUUUGGUAAUAGAAAGGAAACUCUUUCUACCAGUUGCAGAUCAUAAAAAUAUCAUGAACUUUGAUGAAACUUCCAGCAGCAGCAAUCGGAGGUCCCGGUUCGAGGAACAGUACUAUUUUCUCGUCAAUGGGGAACCUAUUGGACCGGUUUUGAAGGUGUGUAAAAACGACUUCAUCAUGGUGGAUGUCGAGAAUCGGGUCCAGGGUUCAAAUUUGGCUCUACAUUGGACCGGGCAAAGUCAGCGGAUGACACCGUUCAUGGAUGGGGUGCCGAUGAUAACCCAGUGCCCCAUUGUUAGUUUCACCACUUUCCAGUACAAAUUCCGGGCAGAUCGAGUGGGCACCCACCUCUACUAUGGAUUCGGGCAGGGGGAACGCCUAGCUGGCCUUGUUGGAGCCCUGAUUGUUCAGUCCAGCUUCGAGCAGAAACAACAUCCGCCGACCCGGGUUUGCCAACGGCCCGAGAAUGACAUCGUGUGGAUUAUAUCCAUUUACGCUGGGCGCUUUCUGCUAAUUAAUGGUCACCGGCAACUGGUUCAGGUGGUCAGGCCGGGCCAAGCUUAUCGCUUCCGGAUGGCAUUUGUGGCAGCGGCGGACUCAUGCGGACUUUGGCUGGAAAUCCAGGGCCACCGGAUGACCAUCGUUGCCCUGGAUGGCCAUUUGGUGGAGCCGCUGACCGUGGACCGGAUCAGCCUCUCGGAUGGGGACCGAAUUGAUUUCAUUCUGUAUGCCGCCGAACGCCGAACAAUUAUGCAGGAUUACGAAAUUCGAUUCGUGACCGGGACGACGACCACCGAAAAUGGGACCUGCUCUUCUUCUGUGGCCGUUGCUAAGCACAAUUUUAGACUGCGAUACGCGGGAAACCGAACAGCUGGCGAUGAGGCAGAUUGGACCGAACAACCGAGUGCUUUAGCUGCCGGUGAAGAUGACGCGCUUUUUGCUGAUGGACCCGUUUCAGUGACAACCCCGAAGGACUCCCCGAAGGAUGAGUUGAUCGAACAACCACCGUACCACAUCCAUUCCGGGUCCAGGUCUGGGUUCCAGCGGACGAUAUUUUCAUCCCGGCUGUUGUUAUCGGAUACGGAAGAUACAACAUUCGAAACAAGUGCUCAAGCUGACGACAGACAGUGGAAGCAGCUAGGGCUCUUGGACGUUCGUGCCAUCUACACCGAUAACGGAAAAGCUGCCCCCGAGAGGAUUCAUUUUCCGGGCACGCUCCGGGAAGGUGUAGACCGAAGGAUUAGUUUGGUGCUUUCCGGGCAGAAAGUUCGACGAAUAGUUUUCGGAGAAAGUUGCGAAGAGUUCAUUUACUCGGUAAAUGGGCUAAGUUUUGCCUUUCCACCGGUCCUGAUGCUGCCAAGUGGCAGCUCGAAUCGCCGGGAGCUGAAUCAAUUCACCUGUAGCAAUAGCAGCGGACAAGAUGGCGAUGGCGGAGGUCCCCGGGAGGAAAAUGGCGGGGACGCGGAGCCAAACCAGAGCUGGGUGCCAAAAAGCUGUCACCCACCGGAUGACAAACCGUGCGAAUGUGUCCACAUUGAGAAUAUCGAAACGGGCCAUCGGGUGGAGCUGGUUCUAAUUAACGCAGAUUCCGGCUCAGACCACACCUACCAUCUCCACGGAUUAUCCUUCUACGUGCUGGGGACAACUUCGUUCGCAGACAACUGGCAAGACGCGCUUCGCUCCGUUAAGCGAAACUUUGUCUUUCCGUUGCUGCGGGAUACAAUCCGGAUUCCAAGCAGGUCGCUGGUAGUGCUUCGAUUCAUUGCCUCCAAUGCCGGUCUCUGGAUGCUGCGGGAUUUGGGUGCGACAGCAGGAGGAUCAACCGAUGGAUGGACUCGUGGGCUGGACGUGCUCCUGAAUGUUGGCUCCGAACGCGCUAGCUUUGACAUUCCGGACGAUUUUCCCACCUGUCGGAGCUUCGUUGGACCAAAGUAUUUCCUUAUUUGAUUUAAAGAAUUGUGAUGGAAUCAAUAUAGAGUUUAUAUUUUUAACAA